CGUCCCCCCCCCCCCCCACAUUAGAUGUUUACCGAGAGUUUCAUUUUGUAAGAGAAGUGAGCGGCCUACCAGAUAGGAAUGGGAUGAAGUGGGUGUGUUUCAAAAAGGCUGGGUCCGGGGGAACUGUGGGACUGCUUUUAGGCCGGGGUGGAUCGUUCAGUAAGGUUUUAUGUAGUUAAUUCUCCCAAGAGUUGUUUUGUGUCGACUUGUGAUUAAGGCCGGAAGUCAAAUAUAUUCGUUUUGAUUUGAUGGCUAGGAUGUUGAAAACAAGUGUCGGAACUGUGAUGUUUUGAACAACAACAAAAGCCUAGCCUAAUCGCGUGCUGGUGGAGGUGUUUGCGGGUCCUUAAAUCAGAACCGUGUCGGUAAUUUUUCAUUGAAUAUGGGUUAAAAAGGAAAAAGAACACCCUGGGUCUGGAAGUUAGCCUGCACUAGUGCCCAUGCCACCUAGAAAAAGCAGAUCCUUAAUGGGCUUUUAAAAUGCAAAGAACUCAGACUCUGCUAUAAAGAACUAAGUGAUAUGCCCACAUUUUCUUGACUGGAUUACAUUAUAAACAUCUUUUUUGGUUUUUUGAAACAGGCUCUUGAUAUUAGCUUGCAACUGGAUAUGUACAGGAGGCUGCCCUCUUAACUCUCCUGUGCCUACAAGAUGGUUUUGUUUGGACAUAGGGUCUCUGUAGACUGUGCUGGCCUUGAAAUUCGAGGAUCUUGAUGUUUCUGCCUCCAACUGCUGGGAUGGCAGCUAUGAGCCACCAUACCCAGUUCAUAACAUCCAUUAACUUCUGUUUAAAGUGAUAUUUCUACAGAUUUUAGUAUGAGUUUUCAGAGUAUUACAACUCAACUUUAGAAACACUUUUAUAAUUUCAAAAAGAUGUACAUACUAAGUCAUUCCAUAUGCUGACCUGUUCUCUAUUUCAGACCUUGGAAGUCACAGAUCAUGUUUAUGUUUUAUAGAUUUUUAUGCUCUUGGGUUGUGUAUAAUUGAAAUAGUAUGUAGUCUUUUAUGACUGAAAUUUUUGCUUCCUUUAGGAAGUUUCAUUUAAAAUCUCAAAAAUUUGGCCUCAUUUUAACUGCUAGUAUUUUUAAUUGGUAUAACACUUGGAGGUUUUCUGGUAGUGUUUCACUGUUUACCCAGGCCAGCCUGGGACCCCCUGGGCUCAACCCACUCUUCUGCUUUGGCUUCCACUCUAGCUGGGCUACAGGCAAGGGACUGCACCUGGGACGCUCUUGGAUUUGAGGGGGUAGUGUAACUCAGGUUGGUCUCCCAGGGGCCUGAGAACAGUUGGGAUUCCAAAAGCAGAGUAGUGAUCAGUUGAUAACAGUGUUGCAAAGAAAGGUUGGAGUGGAGUAUUCUAAAUAGUAAACUGUUGCAUAGCUCUGAAAGUUUUAUUAGCAGCUUAGUGUUUUUCAGAGAAUUUAAGAACUUUAUCCUUGAUACUAGCAAAACUGGUACGUUAAGUCUUACACACACAAAAGAGCUUUCUCCCUUGCAUUUGCUACUGAAAUACCACUUCGCCCCCUUUAUUUUAUGAGUGUUUUGUUUGUGUGGAUGUGUGUGCACUACAUGCAUGCAUGGUGCCAGUAGAAAGCCCGAAGUGUCAGAUCAACAGGAACUGGGUUAUACAAGGUUGUGAUCACCCAUGUGGAUGCAGGAGUAGCCAGUGCUCUCUAUGAUGAAUGAUAGUCAUUACACUGAGGGGAAGGACUCAACUAAGCUGGUGUGGUAGCACCUGUAAUCCCAUUGCAGAGUCCAGUCCAGGUUAGAGAGCAAGACCCUGCCUUGGGUGGGGGCCAGUGUCACCACAAGAGAGAACUGCUCUAACCUAAGAGUUAAAGAAUAACUACCUCUACUUUGAGGUUUGCUUUUGUGGCACUGGGGAUUGAGCUGAGCCUGCAGCCUCAUGCAUGCUAGGUAGGCAUUCUACCACUGAGCUGUAUUCUUGCCCCCCCCCCCUUUUUUUUUUUUUUUUGGUUUUUCGAGACAGGGUUUCUCUGUGUAGCUUUGCGCCUUUCCUGGAACUUGCUUUGUAGAGCAGGCUGGCCUCGAACUCACAGAGAUCCGCCUGCCUCUGCCUCCUGAUUGCUGGGAUUAAAGGCGUGCGCCAAAGAAAAUAGUGGAGAUGGUAAAACAUUUCUGAGCUUUUAUUUCAAAGUUGAUAUGGUACUGUCUUUCAGGGGUACUCUAGAAUGGUAUUAAACAUCAAAACACCUUUAAUAUUUCUGUUUCCUUUCAGGACCAAAAUGGUUUUUCAGAUACAGUUGAGAUUUUGUGGAGCAUCUCAGUGUUUUUGCAGCAAUGGUUCUCAGCCUGUGGGUUGACUAAGACCAUUGGAAGACACAAAUGUUAACUAAUUUUGCUACUGUUACAAUUUGUUAUGAAGUAGCAACAAAAAUAAUUUUAUUGUUGGGGGGGGUCACCACAACGUGAACUGCAUUAAAGGGUCGAAGCAUUAGAAAGGUUGAGAACCCCUGCUUUACGGGGUCCAUCAAGUCUAAUUGUCAAAGGUGAAUGUUUAUCUGAAGCAGAUCAGAACUACAGAAUAUAAAUAUUCUUGUAAAAUACAGCAGUGAGUGCCAAUACCUCACUUACCUACUGCUGUUUCCCCCCACCCCGCCCUCCAGGAUUUCUCUGUGUAGCCCUGGCUGUCCUGGAACUCACUUUGUAGACCAGGCCGGCCUCGAACUCCCAGAGAUCUGCCUGCCUGUGCCUCCUGAGUUCUUAAAGGCGUGCACCACUAUCCAGCAACUACUGCUGUAUUUUAUCAUGAAUACCAGGCUCAGAAAUUCAGUAUUUUAAGUAGCCAUCAAAUGGCAGAUUAGUGAGCCAUUCUACCCCAUGUUUUUGUUUUCAUUUUUUGUUAAGAUGUAGACUAGGCUGACUUUGAACUCACAGCCUGCCACUGUCUCCCAUAUGCUGGGAUUAAAGACAUGUGCCACCAUGUAGGGCCUCGUGCUUUCUUUUAAAUCAAGUGUGCCGAAGAAUUAGCUAUGUCAGUUUUUAAAUUGUGUUUUCACCAUUUUGGUUCUGUCAGGAGUGUUACCUUUUCAUGGACUUUGCUUUAAAAUUUUUAAAAAUGGGCCUGGAUUUUCUCUCAGCAGGGUUUGAGGUUCAGUCACUAGUACACAAUAAACACACAUGCAGAUGAUAUACACAUGUAGAGGUUAAUAGUCACUGGUAGAGAAAUUACAUUGGCUUUCCUUAAUGCAUGUAUUAUUUGGGGAGAGAUGUUUAGGAUGUAAUCCAACAAUUGGCACAUGGUAGACAUUUAAUCUGUCAUUGAGCUGUAUCCUUGGGUUCGUUGAUGUAUGAGUUGUAGAAGAAAUUUAUUCCUUUUUUUUCCUCCCAGUUUUUGGGAAACGGUUUAUCUGUGUAGCCCUGGCUGUCCUGGAACUCACUGUGUAGACCAGGCUGUCUUCGAACUCAAGAGAUCUGCCUUCCUCUGCCUCCCAAAUGCUGGAAUUAAAGAGGUGUACUACCACUGCCCAGCUUCCCUUAAUUUGUUUAUUUUGGUUUUUCGAAACAAGGUUUCUCUCUGUGUAACAGUCCUGGCACUUACUCUGUAGACCAGGCUGACCUGGAACUCACAGAGAUCCGCCUGCCUCUGCCUCCUGAGUGCUGGGAUUAAAGGCAUGCACCACUGCCCGGCCUAUUUGUUUAUUUUUUAAAGGCAGAGUCUGGCCUUGAACUACUGAACCUCUUGCCUCAACCUCCCAGGGCUAGGGUUGUAGGAGUAUGCUACCAUAUGAUUUUAAGAAAAUUAGAAUUAGAAUUGUAGAUGCUGCCUCUAAUGGAUGAUACGGAAUUAACCAUUAGUGAAUGGUGUUGAUAUACCUUCAAGCCUAAUCAAGUGAAAAAAAUUGUUUUGUUGGUAGGGGAGGAGGUGGUGAGGGAAAGAUUGGAAUAUUCAGGUGAGUAGGAUUCCUACAGCUGAAUAGUGAACUAAGCAAGGGCUGGUAAGUUUCCACAGCUGCAGAACUUCUGCAUUAGUCUCUAAAAAUAUUCUGGAAUCGUAAAAGGAAAGUGCCGCCGCCUCUAGGGAAGGGUUCUAGCUAGGUUGUGUGUUCAUUGGAGGAUGUGCUUUUUAAAUACCAUGUGAGUGUCAAUAUGUUACUUUUGGGUAAACUUUGUUUAAACCUGCUUGACUAAAAAAAGAUAAGGGGCUGAGCAUGAUGUGGAGUGGUGACAUUUCCCUUAAAUUCCAGCUCUCCAGGGCUGAGAGGCAGGCAGGUAUCUGGGAUUCAAAACCAGCCUGGUUCUUGGUCACUCUGUCUUAACUCCCCUCACCCACCCCCAAAAAAGAUGUUACUCUUGAAGGUACUCAUCUGAGUGUGUGUUGAAGCAGUUCCCUUGUAGUCCCAGCUAGUCUCAAACUCGAGAUCCUUCUAUCAUAGUCCGCAUAGCAUUUGUUUUGAGUAGCCUUUUACUUGUUUCCCUUUGUUUUUGAAACAGGGUCUUGUACAGCCCAGGCUACCCUCCAGUUGCUGGUGUAGUCAAAGAUGACCUUGAGGUCUACCUGGCUGCUGUCAUUUUCUUUUUUUUUAACAUUCAAACCUCAGUAUGAAUAGACGACUAUAUAAUAUACCUUUCAUGUGAUUGUUCUUAAACAUUUUGCAUUUGGACAGGUGACUUAGCUAAUCUUAGCACUCACAGCUGAGGCAAGACUGCUAACCUGGGCUACUAAGUUAGACCCUUGUUUUGGAAACAGAAACAAGCUAAGUAUAGUGGGUACACCGACACCGUGUCUGCAAAACCAAAAAGAAAUUGCACAGCUUUGGGUCAAUAUUGAAGUUUGAAAAGUUAAAAAAAAAAGUAGAAUGAGGAAAAGGAUCAAGUGUGUUACAACAAAUCUUACUCUGAUGGUAGAAUUCUUCAAACUUUUAUUAGACCGUCAGGGUUGUUUGGUAGAAGAGGGGUGAGCUUCAUUACCUUUCCCUACCCCACCCCAAAGUAGAGUGUUAAUAGGGUACUGUUGCUGAUUGUUGCAGGAGUCACCUUGCAUGCAUUCUGUGCAUUCUGUGACACUUGGGAGAGGUGUUCAAUCUUGGUAAGAGUGUGUUGUGAUUGACUGCCUUAUGUGCUUGUUUGUUUUCAUAGCAAUUAAGUCAAGCGGUAUUGAAAUGGAUUGGGUUAUGAGACAUAACGGUCCAAGUGACGCUAGUGAUGGGACAGUGCGACUUCGAGGACUGCCAUUUGGUUGCAGCAAAGAGGAGAUAGUUCAGUUCUUUCAAGGGUUGGAAAUCGUGCCAAAUGGGAUAACAUUGACGAUGGACUACCAGGGGAGAAGCACAGGGGAGGCCUUCGUGCAGUUUGCUUCAAAGGAGAUAGCAGAAAAUGCUCUGGGGAAACACAAGGAAAGAAUAGGGCACAGGUAUAUUGAGAUCUUCAGGAGUAGCAGGAGUGAAAUCAAAGGAUUUUAUGAUCCACCAAGAAGACUGCUGGGACAGCGACCGGGACCAUAUGAUAGACCAAUAGGAGGAAGAGGGGGUUAUUAUGGAGCUGGGCGUGGAAGUAUGUAUGACAGAAUGCGACGAGGAGGUGAUGGAUAUGAUGGUGGCUAUGGAGGUUUUGAUGACUAUGGUGGCUAUAAUAAUUAUGGCUAUGGAAAUGAUGGCUUUGAUGACAGGAUGAGAGAUGGAAGAGGCAUGGGAGGACAUGGCUAUGGUGGAGCUGGUGAUGCGAGUUCAGGGUUCCAUGGUGGUCAUUUUGUGCACAUGAGAGGGCUGCCUUUUCGUGCGACUGAAAAUGAUAUUGCUAAUUUCUUCUCACCACUCAAUCCAAUCCGAGUUCAUAUUGACAUUGGAGCCGAUGGCAGAGCAACAGGAGAGGCAGAUGUAGAGUUUGUGACCCAUGAAGAUGCAGUGGCUGCCAUGUCUAAAGAUAAAAACAACAUGCAACAUCGAUAUAUUGAACUCUUCUUGAAUUCCACUCCUGGAGGUGGCUCUGGAAUGGGAGGUUCCGGAAUGGGAGGCUAUGGCAGAGAUGGAAUGGAUAAUCAAGGAGGCUAUGGCUCUGUCGGGAGAAUGGGAAUGGGGAACAACUACAGUGGAGGAUACGGCACUCCUGAUGGCUUGGGAGGUUACGGUCGUGGUGGUGGAGGCAGUGGAGGUUACUAUGGGCAAGGUGGAAUGAGUGGAGGUGGAUGGCGUGGGAUGUACUGAAAACACCACCAACGUACAAGUCCUAACAACAGCAUCUGUCUACUAGACUUUCUUACAGAUUGAAUUUCUUUUGUAUUUCAAGAACUUUAUAAUGACUGAAGGAAUGUGUUUUCAAGAUAUUAUUUGGUAAAGCAACAGAUUGUGAUGGGAAAAUCUGUUUUCUGUAGGUUUUAUUUGUUGCAUACUUUGACUUAAAAUAAAUUUUUAUAUUGAAACCACUGAUGUUGCUACUUUUUAUAUAUAAGUACUCUUAAAGAUGUGCUGCCUUCCUAAGAUUUGGGAUGAUGUAUUUUACUGUUAGCUCUACAAAAAGUAGCAUAGUGCAAUGUGAGAGGCUAAGACUGCAAGUCUUAAGCAGACAUCUAGACUAGAGCUUGAGUAGUUAGCUAACUUUCUCUCCUGGACACACUGUAAAUAAAAAGCCUAAGGAUGCAUUCAGGUGGCUUCAGGAAUGUAAGUUCAGUUAAUUCUGUAUUUUCACUCUUAUUUAUCAAGCAUAGCUCUGAAUAAUUUAAGGGGUAUCUGGAAUCUAAAUAGUCCCAAUUGUGUUAUGAAUUAUAAACCCAGAGGUUGGAAGUAUUAGUUGAAAUUACAGCCCUAGAUUUAAAAAUCCUCGUAACACUUGACCAAGAUACCAAAAAUGUUCCCAAAAUUUGAGUUUGUUGGAGUAGCUAAGAGUUGUCGAUGGUGGCAGAAGAAGUCGGUGUAAAUAUGCAAGUAUUUACUGUGAUGGGUGUGUUCUUACGUGUGCUUUUAGUUUCUCACCCAAGAAGACAGGGGCUUUCAACUGUCUAAGUGACUAUACUUAGGAAAGUGUAAAACAGUGCUGCAUCUGAUACUGGCUUUGAGUAUGUAAGUUCUGUGUAGCAAGGAAACGGUGCUUUCUGAUCUUACCACUUCAUUCAAUGUGGCUUUUCCCCAAAUUGGCUAAUGGAUCAAAUUGAAACCUGUCAAUGUGAACUCCAUUAUUGAACUUGUUACUUGUUUUUGCUAGCAAUGUUAUUCAUGUAAUAAAUGUUAACAUGGGAGAUAAAGGAA